UAUUUUUCCUCCUUACCAUAUUGCCUAUGAUAAUCUUAUAAUUUUGUUUUUGAAUUUUCAUUCAUUUAUUUAUUUUUUAACCUUCAAGGUUUUGAAAAACUUGUAUGUUCGUGAUAAUUGCGUAAAUAACGCAAUCCUAUUGUUGUUUGUUAGUUUUCUAAUAUAAUAUUCAGUUCAUUAAGUCUUGUUGGAGACGGAUUCGCCAUCUUGCUAAACAUGUCGAGUUACGUUUCCUUCGCCAUUCGUCGCUUUAAUCGCCCAUUUUACCUCGAGAGCCGUUUUGUUACCUCUUUUUUACAUAUUCGAAACUCAAGCACAGUUGAAGCUUCGUCCACAGUUCUUAACAAGAAUGAAAAUCCUGUCAAGAACUUCGAAGAGAUACCAACUCCUCCAAGAGUGCCAAUUUUUGGAACCAUGUUGAAUUUUAUGUUAAAAAAAGGCAGACGACCCUUAGCUAAGUACAUUCUCGAUAUGCAAUUCGAAGGAGUGAAAGAAUAUGGAAAAAUAUCAAAGUUCCAUGUUCCUGGGUUUACGACUCCUGUUGUUCAACUCGCCGACCCAAAUGAAGCACACAAGCUCUUUCAACUGGAACCAAAGUACCCAAGACGUAUUGAAAUGCCGGUUGUUGGCAACUUCUUAGAAGGUGAAAAGAAAACUAAAGGAGUGUUCUUUGCUGAUGGCCAUGACUGGUAUCGACACAGGAGUGUGAUAAGUAAGAAAAUACUAAGACCAAAAGAAUUGGUCUCCUAUUCACCCAUGUUUAACGAUGUCGUGUCAGACUUCAUGGUGCGAUUCGAGAAGGUCAAGGAGGAAAAUGUCGGCACUGAAUUUGAGAACGAGGUAAAGAAUCUCAACAAGGAACUUUUUAAAUGGUCCUUCGAGUCUGUGUGUUAUUUUCUCUUUGAGAAGAGGUUGGGUUGCCUUGAAGACGAGACAAAUGAAAACGCACAAAACCUCAUCCAGGCUGUUCAUGGCUUUCUUACUUCUGUUUUCCCGGUCAGCCUUUUACCAGCUUCAUUAUAUAAAUACUUCAAGACGAACUCUUAUAAACGUUUUAUAGAGUCUUUUGAAAAUAUGUACAAGUAUGCUGAAGUCUUUAUUGAUGAGAAAAUAAGAGAUCUGGGGCAAGAAGGCAAGUUAACUGAAGAAAACCCCACAGGAAAUUUGGAAGAUCAAGGUGCUGGCUUUUUUGAGUUCUUGAUCGCAAACGGAAAGCUCUCCAGAGAAGAUAUAACUGCAAGUGUUAUAGAUCUGAUGUUUGCAGGAGUUGAGACAACGUCAAAUACCAUUCUGUGGGCUUUGUACAUGCUUGGCAAGAACCUUGAGAAGCAAGAAGUUUUGUAUCAAGAAAUCACUUCUGUGCUGCAACCCGGGGAGCUCCCAUCUGUGGACACCUUGGCCAAUAUGCCGUACGUCAAGGCGUGUAUCAAGGAAACUCUACGAUUGUACCCGGUACUUCCAACUCUGGUGCGAGUGUUGCAAGAAGACCAGGUGUUGAUGGGAUACCACGUCCCAGCUGGCACCCACGUUAAUGCACUUUACUACUACAUGAGUCGUGAUGAGAGUUCUUUUAAUGAUGCAACUAAAUUCAUCCCUGAGAGAUGGUUAAGAGACACUGAUAACCACACUCCUGGAGUUCCCCAGUCAUUCGCUUCAUUGCCUUUUGGUUUUGGUAAACGAAUGUGCGCAGGAAGACGGAUUGCAGAACUGGAGAUGCACCUUUUGUUGACUAGGAUAGUACGAGAUUACCAGGUGUUGUAUCCUCAUGCUGAUGAUGUUGAACCUGAAGCUCAAGGCGCCAUUGUCCCUGAUCGCCCAGUGAGAGUCAAAUUUAUCAAGAGGAACACUUAGAAUACGAGCUCAUAAAGAAAUGAAAAAUACUUGGGUCUGUUAUAUAAUUUUAACAAAGCACCUUCCACACUCAUUAUACAGCACCCAUUACUCGUGCAUUUAGCAAAAAAAGUUGAACUUGCAUGAAUAAGAUAAAAGGGUUUAAGAAAAACUGGAAGGAAGAUAGAUUAUCAUCGUAUUUGCAGUUGAUGGAUCAUGUUUGUAAGGCGUAAGACAUCAAGUUUAAUGGGCAGGUGAACCAAUCAUUAGUCAGUUAGUCAGGCGUGCAUGUAUCUGACUUAUCUAGUGAGGAAUGAGCUAGUAUAAAGGGAAACGAAAAUUGAAAGGGUUUUGUAACAUAAACAUAUGAAGUAAGAUGUUACCCACACAUCGUAUUUGCAGUUCACUCAACGUGUGUCUGUAAAGUGAAAGACGUCAAAUGAACGGGAAGGCCUUGUAAAUCAAAAAAAAAAAAAAAAAAA